AUGAAUACAUCAGAUUUCAAGUAUUCAUCCGAAUCUGCAGCAUCAGCCGAAAAAAAUGCUAAUCAACAAGGUCGACCACACAAUGAACGCUUUCCUUUUCAACAACAGCAUCCACAGGCAACAACACAUUUAAUGAUGAAAUAUAGUCAACUUCAUGUACCUAUUCUUUACGGCCCUCAAAUUCCUCGACAAGAUCGUAACGACACUCGAGAACGAUAUUGUCGAGCUCUUCUCACACUCUUCGUAUCCUGGCGGUCCGUCACUAAUCUCUGUGAUACGAAUCAAACAUGGAAAGAUGCCUUCAAAUAUCGGCAACAUCUUAUUUCUGUUCAUUCAUGGAAGAUUAUAGAAAAUAUUCAACUUUUGCACGAAUGUAAAAAGGAUCGUGAUGAUCAUUUACUUCAAGUUAUUUCUGAAGCUCAAGUUGACAAUGAUACUAUCAAUCCUGUACUUUUGCUAGCAAAACAUGAUGUUCAUGGCGAAUACGAUAUGGAUGACAGCGAUGACUUGCUUGAGCUAUUAGGCAAUUUAGAUAAAUAUACAACUACUGCAGUUAAUACCACAAGAAAAACAACAGAAAAUAAAUAUAUUGAAGAAACUAUCGAAGCAGUCGAGAACGUUGGACGAUUUAAUCAUACGAACACAUAUUAUCAAUCUUCUUCAGAUAUAUCAACUGAUCGUACUAAUCGACAACUUAUACCAUUCCUUUGUGCAACACCUCAUCUUGUUCAACUCAAUACAAAAUGA